AUGGGAUUCCGAUUGGCUUACUUCCAAAGACCUUCAUCGAUGCAAUUGUCAUUACGCGUUGGUUGGGGUUUCAAUAUCUCUGGAUCGACGCCUUAUGCAUUAGUCAGGAUAACGCAGAAGACUGGGCAGAAGAAUCCCAGAAGAUGGCUUCGUAUUAUGGCAGGUCAGCGCUGA